UUCUUCCGUGCCCCGCCGUGCACUUUGUUACCCUUCAUCGCCAAGAGCAUGUUGUUUCAAGAAUCAAUGUCAGAAUAAGACAAUUGAACAGUGUACGUGUGAGGACUGCUUAGAUCUUAGACAAAGAAUUGUUGCGGAGAGACACCACUGGUAUCCACAUUCAAAACAAUGCCAAAUGACAUAUUAUGAUCCAACUUCAGCCUGUAAAAUGUUAGCUGAAAAGAAUGUGAAACAUAUUAUCCUAGUUGGGGAUUCCCUAGUGCGACAUUUCUUUGGGGCACUGCUGAUACUUCUCAGUGGACGUAUGAAAGAUGGAGCCAUGUUACCAGAUACUAAACCAGGUGACAGAGAUUACUGUGGAUAUCAUCUCCAGUUUGAUGAAAAAUACUGUCGAUUAAUGGCAGACAGGGAACGGAAGAUUUGCAAUUCAACGAUCCAACUGACACUCAGAGAGGACUACAAAUUACCAUUGUUACCAAAUUCCGUUGAGUUCAUAAGAGAAAAAGAGAAUCAAGUAAUUCUAUUUUCUACUGGCCUUCAUAGUGGAUUUGAUUUUCCCUCAACAAAGCUGGCAGUAGAAAAAUACAUAAAGGCUUUGGGCGAUAGGAUCUUCCAGCAGAAUUCUUACACAAACCAUACAAGACCUAGGAUGUUGUUUAUGACACCACAUUAUCCAGGGUUAAUGAAAAGAGCACGUUAUUUGAACAAUCACCAAGGACCCAAAGAUGUGAUGCUCUAUACUAACAAGAUGAGAACAUUUCUUGCCAAUUAUAGCAUUCCUACAUUUAACACAAGUGCAUUAACGAACCAUACAUUUAGUUUUGAUGGCACACAUUUUGGUUUUGGGUUGAAUCUCCAGUUAGCCCAUAAUCUAUUGAACUAUAU